UCUCGUCAACCCUCACGAAACGCAUGCCAAGCUUACGAAAAUAUUUUUAUUCCAGUGGAAUAUGAGGCCAAAUGAAUGUCAAGCCUAUGUCUUCCACAUACUUUUCUUCACAGUUAUAAGGAUGCGCUUAGACAUCUAGAAUGCUCUGAACAAAGUAAUGGAAGAAAAUCACACAUUGGUCACAGAGUUCAUCCUGCUGGGAUUCUGUCUUGGCCCAAGGAUUCAUCUAGUCCUUUUUCUGCUUUUCUCUCUCUUCUAUACGUUCACCCUGUUAGGGAACGGAACCAUCCUUGGGAUAAUCUGCCUGGACUCCAGACUCCACACCCCCAUGUACUUCUUCCUGUCCCACUUGGCCAUUGUGGAUAUGGCCUAUGCCUGCAACACGGUGCCACAGACACUGGUGAACCUCUUGGAUGAGAUGAAGCCCAUCUCCUUUGCUGGAUGCAUGACACAGACCUUUCUCUUCUUGGCUUUUGCACACGCAGAAUGUCUCCUCCUCGUGGUGAUGUCCUAUGAUAGGUUUGCGGCCAUCUGCCACCCCUUACACUACACUGUCAUCAUGAACUGGCGAGUGUGUACUAUCCUGGCUACUGGUUCCUGGAUAUUUAGCUUCCUCCUGGCUCUGGUUCAUUUAGUCCUCAUCCUGAGGCUGCCCUUCUGUGGGCCCCAUGAAAUCAAUCACUUCUUCUGUGAAAUCCUGUCUGUCCUCAAGCUGGCCUGUGCUGACACCACACUCAACAAAGUCGUCAUCUUUGCAGCCUGUGUGUUCAUCUUAGUGGGCCCCCUCUGUUUUGUACUAGUCUCCUACGCACGCAUCCUGGUGGCCAUCCUGAGGAUCCAGUCGGGGGAAGGCCGCAGAAAGGCCUUCUCCACCUGCUCCUCCCACCUCUGUGUGGUUGGGCUCUUCUUUGGCAGCGCCAUCGUCAUGUACAUGGCCCCCAAGUCCCAGCACCCCGAGGAGCAGCAGAAGAUCCUUUUCCUGUUUUACAGUUUUUUCAACCCCAUGCUGAACCCCCUGAUCUACAGCCUGAGGAACACUGAGGUCAAGGGUGCCCUGAGAAGGAUUCUGUGCAAAGAAACUCAUUCCCGGAUAGUGUGAUGCUUGGACCACAAGUCUCAGUAAUUUCCUCUAAUCUUUAUCCCAAUUAUUUUCCUAAAUCCAGAAAAGUUCUCUAUUGCCCUCUUAUCUGGGUCUAGUAAUAUAAGACCACACCCUUCCUCUUAAUUUGUAAGAAAAAUACUA